CGCGACGUCGUUUGCGGACUUCGUCUUCAACUCUUCAUUGACUAUCCCCCAAGCGGCUCAACCUAGCAAAAUCGAACGGAGGUCCUUUGAUCUCCUGGAACUCCAUUGACGCGAUGGACGGCAACAAGGACGAAGCUCUGAGAUGCAUCUCCAUCGCCGAAGAGGCAAUCGCUGCAGGAAACAAACAGCGCGCCUUGAGAUUCAUCAGAUUCGCACAGCGCCUCAACCGCGACUCCUCCGUUGACUAUCUCCUCGCCGCUUGCGAGAAACUAGAUUCUGGCGACGAAGCAAAUAGUCGUGGUAGCAGCAGCAGCAGCAGCUGCAGUAAUAAUCCCAGCAGCGCGGGUAAAUCGAACGACAGCGAGGAGAAUGUGCAAUUGAUUAGGCAGAUCAACAGGACGAAUGAUUACUACGCGAUUCUCGGCGUGGGGAAAUCCUGUUCACCUGACGAGAUUAGGAAGUCGUACAGAAAAUUAUCUCUCAGAGUUCAUCCAGACAAGAACAAGGCUCCAGGGGCUGAAGAAGCGUUCAAGAAAGUCUGUGCAGCGUUCAAGUGUUUGAGCGAUGGAGAGUCUCGUAGGCAGUAUGAUCAUGUGGGUUUGGUUCGAGGGUUCGGUUGCAGCAGCAGCAGUAGCAGCCAUCAACGAGAGAAUGUGAGGCCGAGAAGGCCUACAAGGAGGAAUGGAAGUAGCUAUAGAGGUUACAAUGGCUAUUACGAUGAUGACGAGGUGUUUGGUCAGUAUUUCAAUAGGAACGACGGGUACAGAGCUUACAAUCCCUACAGGAGUACAAGAGGAAGGGAAACUGAACAUAACGCCGAGAAUGUUGAUCAUGGAGGAGGGACAAGUUGUUGGUUUUUUCUUAUGCAGAUUCUGCCAUUUCUGGCGAUCAUCUUGGUAGCUGCUCUGGCGUUUACAGAGCCCGUUUACUCGUUGCAGCCAACCAAAUCGUAUCGGUUCUUGAGGAAGACCGAGAAGCAUGGGGUCGAGUUCUAUGUUAGAUCCCCGGGGUUCGAUCAGAGCUUCCCUGUUGGAAGCACGGGUAGGAGUGAUGUCGAGGGUAGUGUGGUUAAGGACUAUAAGAACUUGCUUUGGCGGUAUUGUCAUGUGGAGAUGCAGAGGCGGCAUUGGAAUAAGGUCUUGCCUACUCCUAAUUGCAACAAGCUGCACAAUCUUGGAUUUGCAUGAAAUUGUGCACCUUUUCACUGGAAGCUGGGUACAAUUACUGCAGAUUCCGUGCAGGUGCCACUUUGAAGAGAACCAUGUGCAGUUGGAAUGAUUAGAAGAAGAACUAGUAUUCUUGUUUCUCCUCUAGCUUGGUGAGUGAACUGUUUAUGCCACUUAGUACAUCUUGGUCUUGGCUUGUUCAAGUCACCAGGAGGGCUUGUUCUAUAUAGCCCUUUUCUUAAGGUUACAAUGCAGCUGCUUGAAUGGAGGUAACCAUGUGCUGCAAGCAAUCCCUCACUUCUUCUGUUGACUGUUGGUUGUUACAGAUGCUGCUGCUGUGAGAUUUUGGAAACUCCAAGUUGGUUGUUUUAAGUGAUGGAAAGUUGUUUCUAGAAAUGCAUCUUUUUUUUGUACAGAUUUGUAAGAUAGGAUUCAGGAAUAAUAGAUUCCGAAUCUCAUUGUUUGAUUGGUGGGUUGUAGUAUGCGGAUUCUCUGUGCGUUUAGGGUUCCAUAACUGACUGGAAAACUGUACUAUGUCAUCAACUUUUUUAUCGAAAUUUUUAUGGCAGAGAGCCAGUAGAUUCCAAGUGCUAACAAUACGUAGCAUUAUCGAUGGUUUAUAAUGAGUAUCUGAAUCAUAAUAAACAUCUAGAACGAUUCAUGUGUAUUUUAAGGAGUAUUUCGUUAGGAUUUUAUCAAUUUUUUUUUUUAGUAAUUUGUUAACGAUAACGAUGUGUUGUCUGCAAACGAAGUCCGAUCCAUCAGUUGAUGAACCAAACAACGAAAUUGAUAUAAGAUUUCAACUCCUGGAGUUCAAAUCUUGAUUUUUGCUACAUCCUAAACUCUUCUUCUCUACUUUCACCAAAUUUAAGAGGCCUUUUUUCCCCUCCUUUACACGAUAAAACUGAAAGCUUUUACCAAUGAAUGCAGAAUAUGCGCGGAAGCAAGUGUCAUUUUACAAUAAAAGAAAAACUAUCUGGUCAAUUGUUGUCAGUGACAUCACUGACAACUUACAGCCUAUUGGAUUCUCUCUGCUCCUCUCGCUCAAUAAUUGAAUGCAGCAGCUGACCAGUGGAGAUCAGAACUCCGCCACUCACUGCACGUGCGCCACGUGUAUUCCACCACCACGCCGGCUGGCAUUCACCGUGCCCUUCAUCGUCCACCGCCGGCGAGUCAACGCCAAACCGGACACUACCGCCAUUUUUGUAACAUUUCAACCCUACCCAGCUAUGGUUCUUAGAAUACAUGUAAGAAGUAUCUCAUAGAUGUCACACAUAGUUGGUGAUACGCGAUCGUUAAAUCGAUGUAGUCAUAAUUUAUUAUCACCUUGUUCAUCCAAUGGUCAUAUACCAUCGGUUGUUAUCAAUCCAACAACAUUCAAAUAAUUGCUUUACUUUAUUUAUCGACAAUCAAUAAGUUAUAAGACUCUGUUGUAUCUAUUAGUUUGUUGUUAUUUACUUUACUUGCUUCACAUCACAACUUUCCGCCGUUUGAUUCAUCACUACAAAUUGUCCAUUUCAUCACAUUGUGCCUCUACUACCAUGUCAAACGAAAUUGAACUCACACUAACACAACAUUGAAAGAAUAUGUCGACAUCUCCGAACUCGCUUACAUUGUCGUCGCCCCCAUGUCCCAGAUUCCAAUUCAGGAAUUUUGACCGAAAUUUCCAUUAACCGUUGAUGCGAAUAACCGUGUAGCCACUCAAGUACGCUUCACACGAAUAUCUUACCCUUCUAGACCUUCCAAUUUCUCAUUUGAACAUUUGAUUAAUACUACCAUCAUCAAGAUCUGUGGCCACAGCUACUCCUUCCAUAAAGAUUACAAAGAGCC